AAAAGCAGAAAAAAGAGGAUGAAGGUUGACGUAGAAAUAAUUUCUAGAGAAGAUAUUAGACCAUCUUCUCCCACACCCUCUCACCUUAGACUCUUCAGGCUUUCCGUUUUGGAUCACCUUAUCCCAUCGCCAUAUGUUCCAAUAAUCCUGUUCUACACCUCACCUAAGACUAACACAACUCACCUUUCUGAAGUCCCCAAGAGGUUAGAAUUGCUGAAAAAAUCUCUAUCAGAGACACUAACCAAAUUCUACCCUCUAGGUGGCAAAAUCAAAGAGGAUCUAUCCAUUGAGUGCAACGAUGAAGGUGCUUAUUUUGUGCUGGCCCGAGUGAAAUGCCCUCUUCAUGAAUUUCUACUCCAACCCCAGAUGACCGCACUACACAAGUUUCUUCCUGUUGGUCUUGUUUCUGAAGGAUCAAAUUCAGGAACCUAUGUCACUAAAAUUCAAGUGAACAUCUUUGAAUGUGGGGGAAUCGCCAUUGGCAUGUGCGUUUCUCAUAAGAUCAUAGACGGAGCUUCACUAAGCACCUUUAUCAAAGGGUGGACAGAAAGGGCCAAGGGUUGUAACCAAUCAACCCAACCAAACUUCAUUGCACCUUCUCUCUUCCCCACUAACAGUCCCUGGUUUAGAGACUUAUCUAUGAGGACGUGGGCUUCCAUCUGCAAACAAGGCAAGUGGGUCACAAGGAGGUUUCUGUUUAGAAACUCAGCUAUAGCCACACUCAAGGCUCAAACAGCAGGCACAGAAAACUCCACACGUCUGCAGAUGGUUUCUGCUAUGCUGUGGAAGUCCCUCAUGGGUGUGUCGAAGGCACGGUUUGGUACCCAAAGGCCUUCUUUUGUUACUCAUGUGGUGAACCUGAGGGGGAAAAUGGACGAGGCUCUGUGUCCUGAACAUGCCAUGGGAAAUAUUAUUUGGUUGAUAGCUGCAGAGAGUGUAGACGCUGAUGAGAUGGGGUUGGUGGAGUUGGUGGGGAAGUUGAGGACUGCAAUAUCAAGAGUAGAUAAGGAAUUUGUUGAAGAAUUGAGAGGUGAUAAGGGAAGGUCGAUUAUGCAGGAGAGUUUCGGGGCAAUACGUGAGAUGGGAUCAAAGAGUGAUCAUUUUGGGUUUACUAGUUGGUGCAAUUUUGGGUUCUACGAGGCUGAUUUUGGGUGGGGAAAACCCACAUGGGUGAAUGGUGCUGUUUCAGCUGAUUCAGUUUCAAGGUCUACGAAUACUAUCAUGCUAGUGGACACAAGGUUGGGAGAUGGCAUAGAAGCUUGGGUUACCUUGAGAGAGGAGGAUAUGACUCUUCUGAUAGCAGACCAUGAACUCCUCACUUGUGCAACGCUGGAUCCAAGUCCUUUGGCAAUGAGUUCUGUUGCCUGAUAAUUAGAAUCAGCUUUCAUUACUGUUGAAAGUGAUCUUUCUUUUGAAGCUAAUAAGUUGGUUUAACGAAACCAAAUGUAAAAAACAAAUUCACUUAGUUGAUCUUGAAGUUCAUGUUGUUAAA